AUGCUGCUUUGGAUUCUGUUGCUGGAGACGUCUCUUUGUUUUGCCGCUGGAAACGUUACAGGGGACGUUUGUAAAGAGAAGAUCUGUUCUUGCAAUGAGAUAGAAGGGGACUUACACGUAGACUGUGAAAAAAAGGGCUUCACAAGUCUGCAGCGCUUCACCGCCCCGACUUCCCAGUUUUACCAUUUAUUUCUGCAUGGCAAUUCCCUCACUCGACUUUUCCCUAAUGAGUUCGCUAACUUUUAUAAUGCGGUUAGUUUGCAUAUGGAAAACAAUGGCUUGCAUGAAAUCGUCCCGGGGGCAUUUCUGGGGCUGCAGCUGGUGAAGCGGCUGCAUAUCAACAACAACAAGAUCAAGUCUUUUCGAAAGCAGACUUUUUUGGGGCUGGACGAUCUGGAAUACCUCCAGGCUGAUUUUAAUUUAUUACGGGAUAUAGACCCGGGGGCCUUCCAGGACUUGAACAAGUUGGAAGUCCUCAUUUUAAACGACAAUCUCAUCAGCACCCUACCUGCUAACGUAUUCCAGUAUGUGCCCAUCACCCACCUCGACCUCCGAGGAAACAGGCUGAAAACACUGCCCUAUGAAGAGGUCUUGGAGCAGAUCCCUGGCAUUGCUGAGAUUCUGCUAGAGGAUAACCCUUGGGACUGCACCUGUGAUCUACUCUCCCUGAAGGAAUGGCUGGAGAACAUUCCCAAAAACGCCCUAAUCGGCCGAGUGGUCUGCGAAGCCCCCACCAGGCUCCAGGGUAAAGACCUCAAUGAAACCACGGAACAAGACCUGUGUCCUUUAAAAAACAGAGUGGAUUCUAGUCUCCCAGCUCCUCCUGCCCAGGAAGAGACCUUCGCUCCUGGCCCUCUGCCAACUCCUUUCAAGACAAAUGUGCAGGACGAGCAUGCUACCCCAGGGGCUGUUCCAAAUGGAGGUACAAAGAUCCCGGGCAAUUGGCAGCUCAAAAUCAAACCCACGCCACCGAUAGCAAGUGGGAGCGCCAGAAACAAACCCCCAGUGCAUGGCUUGCCCUGCCCCGGGGGCUGCAGCUGUGACCACAUCCCAGGCUCGGGCUUAAAGAUGAACUGUAACAACCGGAACGUGAGCAGCUUGGCUGAUUUGAAGCCUAAGCUUUCCAAUGUGCAGGAGCUUUUCCUUCGAGAUAACAAGAUCCACAGCAUCCGAAAAUCACACUUUGUGGAUUACAAGAACCUCAUUCUAUUGGAUCUGGGCAACAACAACAUCGCAAACAUAGAGAACAACACUUUCAAGAACCUUGUGGACCUCAGGUGGCUGUACAUGGAUAGUAACUACCUGGACACUCUGUCCCGGGAGAAAUUUGCUGGGCUGCAGAACCUGGAGUAUCUGAACGUGGAGUACAACGCGAUUCAGCUCAUUCUCCCCGGGACUUUCAAUGCCAUGCCCAAACUGAGGAUUCUUAUUCUCAACAACAACUUGCUGAGGUCCCUACCCGUGGACGUUUUUGCUGGGGUCUCCCUGUCUAAGCUCAGCCUGCACAAUAAUUACUUCAUGUACCUCCCAGUGGCCGGGGUGCUGGACCAGUUAACCUCCAUCAUCCAGAUAGACCUGCAUGGCAACCCCUGGGAGUGCUCCUGCACCAUUGUGCCUUUCAAGCAAUGGGCAGAACGCCUGGGCUCCGAGGUGCUGAUGAGCGACCUCAAGUGUGAGACACCGGUGAACUUCUUUAGGAAGGAUUUCAUGCUGCUCUCCAAUGACGAGAUCUGCCCCCAGCUGUAUGCGAGGAUCUCGCCCACGUUAACUUCGCACAGUAAAAACAGCACUGGGUUGGCGGAGACCGGGACACACUCCAACUCCUACCUAGACACCAGCAGGGUGUCCAUCUCGGUGUUGGUCCCGGGACUGCUGCUGGUGUUCGUCACCUCCGCCUUCACCGUAGUGGGCAUGCUCGUGUUUAUCCUGAGGAACCGAAAGCGGUCCAAGAGAAGGGAUGCCAAUUCCUCUGCGUCCGAAAUUAAUUCCCUACAGACAGUCUGUGACUCUUCCUACUGGCACAAUGGGCCUUACAAUGCAGACGGGUCCCAUAGGGUGUAUGAUUGCGGCUCUCACUCACUCUCAGACUAA